AUGCUGCGGAAGCCGGAGCGGGAGAAGGAAGGCUCGCCGGAGGAGGAGGAAUCCAGAAGCAGCGGCCGCCUGCUUGACGACAUAGAAUCCCUCAGCAAGGCCCUCGCCCUCGUCAAGAAACCCGCCGCCUCGGUCCGCCGCCACUCCCUUUCUGCCGGCGGAUCUUACCUCCCCGAGGCCCGAUGGAAGUCUGAGGGACCGAAGAGGGAUCUUCCGCCGCCGCCGCCGCCGCCGACGACGACGACGACGAAGGAGAAGAGGCCGUCGUCGUCGAUAUCAUCGAGUUCCUCGUCGAUCUGGAACUGGAAGCCCCUCAGGGCGCUCUCCCACAUCCGCCACCGCAGGUUCGAUUGCCGAUUCACCCUGCAAGUCCACACGGUAGAGGGGCUCCCUCCCACCUUCGACAACUCCAGGCUGUGCGUCCAAUGGAGACGCGAUGCCGCCGCGGAGAUCGGUCUCCGUACCCGCUCCGCCUUGGUCUCCCAUGGCGCCGCCGAGUUCGAGGAGACCCUAGAACACCGAUGCGCAGUGUACGGGAGCAGGAGCGGUGGUCUCCAUCACGCGGCCAGGUACGAGGCGAAGCCCUAUGUGCUGUUCGCGGCGGCGGUGGGGGCGCCGGGCUUGGACCUCGGGGAGCAUCGCAUGGAUCUCACGCGGCUGCUGCCGCUGACACUGGAGGAGCUGGAGAAGGAGAGCUCCGGCAGGUGGAGCACCACGUUCAAGCUCUCAGGACAGGCGAGGGGUGGAUUGCUCAAUGUCAGCUUCGGGUUCAAUCUCCUGGACGGGAGCGGGCAUGACAGGGUGCCAGAGCCUCCGCUGGACGGGGUUGACCGGGAGAGCGGCUUGAGGAGAGUGGGAAGUCUUCCGGCUCCAAGCCAUGAAUCUAGAGGUCGGUUGCUUCUUCUCCCGCAAUCUGUGGACGACGUCAAAGUUCUUCACGAGAUCUUUCCAGCUUCUGUUCAUGUCGAGGAGCUCUCCGUCGAUAGAAAUUCCGAUGACUGCUCGAAGCCCGAGCUCAAAGCUCUGACACAAGAAGACGAAUCGGCCGUCUCAAGGACUGAUGGGAUGCCACAUCCGAUGAAGUCGGACCUAGAUGAGUUUCUUGAUCCAGAGUUUACCGUGAUCGAGCAAGGAAUCGAGAUUGUCACCAAGGAUGUGAUCAAAAUCCACGAUGAUAUGGUGAAGCACGAGGACGGGAGGGGCUUUGAUGAGGGAGAAAGGCAACAUCCCCCGGAUGAGAUUGCUGCUGGGAAUGAUGAGCUGAUCGAAAUCGGGAAGUCGCUCAGACUUGAGCCGGAGGAAUCUGAGCUCAGCCACGCAGGGAGCAGAGCCAUGGCUUCUACCGAACCAGAUUUUGACGAGUUAAGCUCUGCCUUCCAGAAUCUCUCGAUCCUCGAACCAGUGGUUUGGGAAUCAUCCAAAUCAGAGGCCCGGUCACCCGAGCAAUAUCAUCUGUACGAGAUCGAAUCGAACUGCAGGGUAGGGAAAGCGGAGCAGUCCCUCAGCUUGGACGACGCAACGGAGUCGGUCGCCAGCGAGUUCUUGCGUGUGCUCGGGCUAGACCGUAGCCCAUCCGGAUUGAGCUCUGACAGCGACCCAGAGUCACCGAGGGGGCGAUUGUGGAAACAGUUCAGGCAGGAAUCUCUAGCGAACACGGAGGACAUCUUUGAUCUUGGCAUGAUGGAGAAGGAGAAAGAAAUGGACUGGAAGGAUUUCGACGACGACUUCGAUCUGUCAUCAAUAGUCAACGCCGCUGAGAGAGAGCACCAGAGAGAAUCUCAGGCGAUGAAGAGCAGGGCAAGGGCCAAAAUGCUGGAGGACGCUGAGGCAGAAGCCCUAAUGCGUGAACUGGGUUUGAACGAGCGGGCCUUCCAGCACACACCGCCUGGCAGCCCGACUGGUUUCGGGAGCCCCAUAGAAUUGCCCCCCGAUGAUCCUCUCGAGCUGCCCCCGCUCGGCGAUGGAUUAGGUCAUCUUGUUCGGACGAAAGAUGGGGGGUUCUUGCGGUCUAUGGACCCGUUGAUCUUCAGGUUCUCCAAGAACUGCGGGAGUCUGAUCAUGCAGGUGUCGUGCCCCGUGGUGGUGCCGGCUGAGAUGGGUUCUGGCGUCAUGGAGAUCUUGCAGUCUCUGGGCUCGAUGGGGAUCGAGAAGCUCUCGAUGCAGGCCAGGAUGGUGAUGCCCUUGGAAGAUGUUGCCGGGAAGACGAUGCAACAGCUCGCAUUUGAGAGGUUUGCUGACCUUUUUCCAUGGGGUUUGUGUCUUCCUUUUGAUCUUCGUUUUUCUCAUGCGCUUCUGUUUGUGUUUCAGAGAGAAUGGCUGGUUUGGGUUUGACGCAGGUGCGGCCGGGAAGAGGAAGACGGGAGGAAUUUCAUACACUUGUUCAUCUGAUUGUGUCUCUCUGGAAGACCUUGCGCCCUCGGCCAUGGAAAAACUUGAAGCUCUCUCGAUCGAAGGACUGAGGAUACAAUCAGGAACGUCCGACGAGGACGUUCCUUCGAGCGUCAUCUACCUGACGCCUGGUGAGAUUUCCGCUUUCAAAGGACGAGGAGGCCAAGAAGUUGCUGCAGGGUUGCAGCUUCUGGAUGUCAGAGCCAAGGGAGAUGACGCUGACGGAUUGAUGUGUCUCGCGAUCACUCUGGAUGAAUGGAUGAAGCUGGACUCGGGAAUGAUCGACGCAGAGGAUCUGAUCAGCGAUAGAACCUCGAAGGUCCUCGCCGCCCACCAUGGAAACCUUCCAGAAUUGGCAGCCGGACGGUGGGAGGGAAAGAACUCCGGGAGAAAAAGGGGUUGUCUGGGGAACAACCUCACUGUGGCUCUGAUGGUGCAGCUUCGAGAUCCCUCCCGGAACCACGAGCCAGUGGGCGCCCCCAUGCUCGCCUUAAUCCAAGUCGAGCGGGUGGCCUCCGACCCUGUGAAAAACGGUGCCCCAGGUGAAGAACCCGAUAUGGAAAUCAUCAAUUCAUCUGAUAACCAGGAGAAGGGUGACGAAGAGGAAGACGAGGAAGACCGAGGCGCCGCUGCUCCUCGGUUCAAGAUCACCGACGUGCAUGUCGCGGGGGUGAAGACCGAUGAUCCCCGUGGGAGGAGAUUCUGGGCGAGUUCUCUGCAGCAACAGUCCGGUUCGCGAUGGCUACUCGCCAGCGGAAUGGGGAGGAGCGGGAAGCACCCGCUCACGAAGCUAAGGGCGGCGGCGGGGACUGGGUCCUCUUCUCCGGCGACCAGCCCUCUCGCCGGCGGCGGCGACACUCUCUGGAGCAUCUCGAAGCGUCUUCACCCCGCUGGGGGCCAGUGGAGAGAGCUGGCGGCCCUCAGCCCGCCCACCAGAAACCCUAACAUCAUCCUCCCCAGAAUGCCUUCGGCCGCCAUGGACUUGCUCCCCGGUCCUCCCAGGUGA